AUGCAAGACCAGCAACCCCACUCCACCCACCUGAUCAUUGUCUGCUGCCACGCCAUAUACACCGGCGGGCCUACAAACGGUCAAUCAGAAGAUGAAUGGAUCAUAGAACCCUUCCAAAAGGGCGAAACACCCACGUUCACGAACCACGUCAAGGCAGGAUUGCAGGCUUUGGCUGAUGAUUCUGAUGCUUUGUUGGUGUUUUCUGGGGGACCUACGAAGAAAGGACGCACGGAUCUUGCGGAGGGGGUGUCGUAUCUUAACCUCGCCAAAGACAACGACUACUUCGGUUUCGCUCCGCGGAUAAACCCCGCGCAAGUGGUCGCUGAAACCCACGCCACGGAUUCAUACCAGAACGUCUUGUUCUCGAUGCUCCGGUUUAGACUGUGCACAGGUGUUUAUCCGCGUCGGGUGACUGUUGUGACGCAUGAGUUUAAACGGAAGCGGUUUGUAGAGUGUCAUUUUCCGGCCUUGGGCCUCUCCAGCUCUGCAUCUACGGUUAUUGGGAUUAAUCCGCCCGAGAAGGUGACGCCGUUGGCUUCCCUUGUGGCUGGGGAGGAAAAAAGUGGGAUUGGGUUGUGGAGGAGUGAUAGAUAUGGGGUGCAGAAGGAGUUAGCGGGGAAGAGGGUUAAGCGUGGGUGGAGGGCCGGGAUGGAGGAUGGGGUGUUUGUGAAUGUGGGUUUGGAGGCUGUUGUGGAGGAGUUGGUGAGGUGGGAUGGAGGAGAGAACGGGAAUGAAAGGUUUCCUAAAAUGGAGGAGUUGCCUUGGUGGGGACAGGUGUAA